AUUUCUAUUUCUCUUACAAACUCAGUAACAUUACACAACAUGUCAGAUGCACUGUUAUUAGAUGAAAUGGAACAUGCCUUACAAUUUCACCAUCAUUUACCCAGAACUGGAUGAUUUGUUUGUCUUCUUCUUAUAUAUAGAUUUGGAUGCUUUGGGCAACUUAGAGGAACUGAGGCUAGGAGGAAAUCAAAUUACCAAAGUUGUGGCCUCAAGAGAUAUUAGAAUAAGCAGGAAUUUGAGUUCUCUUAUCCUUGAUUACAACACUGCUAUGGAUAGAAGCAUUCAGCUAGAAUUGUUGGGAGCAUACCCAUUUCUCAAGACCCUUUCUCUACAGCAUAAUAGCUUCAAAGGAGGCAAUAUUUGCUCAAGGCAGGUUUUUGAGUUAUUCUCAUUAGUCAUUACUUGCAUAUAUGCUGCAAUAAUUGUGCUAAUGCCUAGUUAA